AUGCGCACAAAAGAGAUGGCCGACUUACAGUCUCCGGCCUCCAUGGCCCACCCAUCCCCUGCACCAUCCUUCAGAUCCAGGUCUCGAGCUCCAUCCAAUGGAACAUCAAGAUCAAGACCAUCUUUGCGUCGGCAAGAUUCCUCCCCACCGUCUUCCUCUCCACCUACCCUCCCGACCCCCGCAUUCUCCCCUGAUGGACAAACAGACGAAGAUGAUAUCAUCGAGGAUACCUUAUCACCUUUCGACCCGCGCAGGAUCACGCCCACCCUCCAUGCAUCUCUCGUUUCGGAAAUUCUCUCGCUGCGUCGGGAGAUAGAGAACAAAACCAAGGCAAUUGACCGAUUAGAAGACAGCUUGGACGAAUCAAAGACGGAAAAUGAAACAUUGACUGCAAAUCUCUCCCAGGUGACUUGGGAAGGACGCUCAUUGAAACACCAAAUCCAACUGCUGGAAGGUGGAACGUCAUCUGCGAUGACUGAGCUAGCUCGGGAACGCGAUGAAGCGGUCGAGAACAUCAGUGAUGUUCGAAAAAAGCUCGAGCAGGCACAGAAGAAAACACGAAAUCGGGAGGAGGACGUUGAACGAACACAAUUACUUUGGAGUCGUGAUCAAGAGUCAUGGGCGGAUGAGCGCCGUGCCCUGGAACGAAAGAUUCACGUAGUGGAGGGCCGCUUGAAGACCGUUUUGAAUGAGGUCGCAGCUGCCCAGGAAGUGGCGGCUAUUAACUCGCAUUCGCAGCCGAGUGAGAAUGGUGACCUUGUUCAUGACAAGAAUAAAGAAAGCGACUCAGCUAGCGUGGCAUCUAGUAGCCUAGGCCGUCGACGCACUAGCGUGACCAGCGUGAGCUCGGAAGAAAUUGAAGAGGCGGUUAUAUUCCAUAACGUGCGAUACUCGGUUAUGAGUGUUGUGCCUCGCGUCAAGAAUAGUUCAGGUCUGAACCUGGCGGAAGAACUUGACUUUGAUGAAGAGGAUGAGUUUGAUCCAUCUGACGAGGACCUCCCCGCCUCUCCGGAGGCGCUCCCCGAAGAACGUCCAAUGUCGGUUCACUCACAGGGGUCAUAUAGUAUUUCUUGCAAGGCUAGGAAGAUCCUGGGUCUUUCCCUUCAGAGCUCAGCCCCACACUCACCCACUAUGGAGUCCCGUGCCUGGGAACUCCCUAGUCCAGUGAAACUGCACUCGGCAUUCGAAUACCGCGAUAUCGGCAUCCAGUACUCACCUCCUCCGUCGCCUACAAUAGAAGCGAAGGUUGUAGACGGCCUUGUUGCUUCAGAGCCCGAAAAAGAUGGCAAAAAUGCGAACAUACCCGGAACGGAAAAUAAUCUCAUGCUCCCUGUUGCACCUCAGAUGGUUUCUACUUCUUGUCAGACUGUGGAUGAACUCCCAAGUCCUCCAUGGACCGCCAAUGUGGCUGAGCCGGCUCAACCUGUUGAAUCCACCUCGAAGUCGAUACAAAUGACAUCAGCAUCCACUCAGACCAAUGCUGUGCCAAAAACAAAUGUUGUUCAAAGUGAAAAUCGUAUCAACUGGUUGCCAGAUGAUGUCCCACCCAAGAUGGACAUUCCAAUGAUCGCCAUCCAUCCGCCAGGCUCAGAGCCAACCUCACCUCGGAACAGUGUCGUUCUUCCCCCGCAGACUAAGAACAUUGCUUGUCAGGCUAACUUCCGGGCAAUUGUUGAUUGUCGAUCCGUCGCCAUACAAACCGAGGAGAUCCGUAUCGAUCAACGCCCGGUCAAACUUCCCGCUAGACUUCUUCCUUCUGCUAUUCAAGAUACACUACCUCGCCCUGGACCCCAGGAGCCUAGCCUCGAGUCUUACACUGUGCCCCCGCUUCCGCCACGGUCUGAAAAACGAAACCAGAGACGUCUGGUAACAGAUCAGACAGAUGGUCCUGUGAAGCCUCCUAGAGCACCCGAUCAAGAUCAUGUGCAGGCCUACCCCGGUAACAACGACAACGGUCCGCUCUCAGAUGAUUCCCUGUCCAAUAUUCGACGACCUUUACGAUCUAGCAGUCUCUUCGCCGGCUUUGAACACAACAGCGAUGACGAAAGCCCACAUGGCGAACGUGAUGUCUUCACUGACGAUGAGCUCCUCAACCGCCCAUUUGCCGCAUACACUGUCAGCCGGGGCAAGCUCAUCACUACGAAAUCAAGACCCAGCUUAGACGAUGUGGCUCUCCCCGAAGUCGCCGAGCAGCUGUCCUCCCCCGAGUCAAGGCCACCUGAUAUUAGCCGUUCUCGGCCUUCCCAGCGGUCUGGCACGGCCUCCUCAAGUAUUCGCCAGCCUGGCAUGCGCAAAAUGGCCAUGAUCUCAAGCGGAACCGCCGCGCACCAGAAACCCCGUGCCCGCAGCCCCAGCGAACCAAGCCUCGAUAGCGGCAGUGCAGGCUCAAGCAUUGCACCGCCAUUCCCGGUGCCCAUCCGUCUAAGCUCACGCAAACUCCCGCUCAACGGCAGACAGUUCUCAGCCCGCGGUCAUCAAUCCAUCAUCCGGCGCCCAUCCCUCCGCCGAGCGCGUUCCGCUGCCGCAACGUCACAGUCAGAGUUUACCGAGGAACCGGAAACUCGCUCUUCCCCGUCACGAUCAAUCUCUACCUUUUCCCCAGAAAGUCCUACAUACCGACCAUACCGACCGCCGCCGCCGCCGCCGCCAAUGCCGUGUGAUGAUAUUACAGCACCUCGUGAGCGAUAUGGGCCCCCGAAACGCGCCUCGCACCGUGCAACUCCGUCUCAAAACUGGAACGGUGAACAGCAUGAAAGAAAGGAUUCCACCGGCGGCGUGCAGCCGACCAGUGUCGUUGAUGCCAUUGCUCAGACCAUGGUUGGCGAGUGGAUGUUUAAAUACGUCCGUCGACGUAAAUCAUUCGGGAUGGGCGAGCCCAAGGAAAAUUGGGAGGGCAAGAACCCGGACGAUGUGUCAGCGAAUAUCACGAAUAGUGGUGUGCGACAUAAGCGAUGGGUUUGGCUCGCCCCGUACGAAGGCUCCAUUAUGUGGAGUAGUAAACAGCCUACCAGUGGACCUGCAUUGCUCGGCAAGAGUGGCCGGAAGUUCACUAUCCAAUCCGUCCUGGAUGUCAAAGAUGACAGCCCCGUACCCAAAGGCGCUGGCUCUUCGAUCCCAUUCAACCGGUCUAUCCUGGUGUUGACACCACAGCGCGCUCUCAAAUUCACAGCACUAACGGUCGAACGCCACUAUGUCUGGCUAACGGCCCUCUCCUUCCUCAGCCAUUCCUCAAUGGGGCUCCAAGAACUAGCAGCCCUACCUCCAGUCCCAAAAGAAGAAUCCCCAACCCUCCCUCACGCCUCCCUCCGCCGAAACCCAAUCCGCGACUCUAUCCGCGUCGCAAAGGGACGGCCUCGUCCAAUGCCAAAGGGCAAACGCUCCUUCAACAGCGCCGGUGCUCCAGCCCCAGUCCCCGAAAUCCCAGUCGACAGCAUUGACCUAGCAGCCGAAGCACCACAUGUGCCCCGCUUCUCAACCCACGGCCGCAAGCGCAGCAAUACCACACCUCGCCCCCCAGCCCUCCGCGCUCUCCGCAGCUUCUCCAGCGCAGGCACUGUGCCCUCUUCACACAGCGGCACCACAGCCGGCUCCUCGGAGCUCCACUUCUCCGCCAUGCAGCAGCCCCCAGCCCUACCCCCAGGCAUUGGCAGCCGCCGCAGCAGUCUCAGUCGACACCCUUCAGAGACGAGUGGCCGUGCUUCCAGUGUGGCGGGCAGCAAUAUAUUCGAUAUAGGAACUGUGCGUAUGGAGGCCUUCAUCGACCACCACGCCGAGGAGAUUAAUCGCCCCCGUGCACCUCCGCGCCAGCACCAUACUCGCAAAACUUCCAGUCAGUGGAGUGAGAGGCGGUAUGAGUUUGACACACCUUCUGUCCAUGGCAGCGAGUUCUCGUAUCGUCCUGAAGAUGCGUGGCGGGGAUUCUAA